AUGAAGGCUGUUGUAUUUGGAGCUACUGGCCUUGUGGGGUCUGAGCUCCUCAAUGCCUGCAUCGCCACCGAUAAGAUCACCAAAGUCUAUGUUGUGACGAGACGAGCGCUGGACGAUGACCGCGCCAAGAACCCCAAAGUCGAGGUCAUUCUGCACUCUGACUUUACACAGUACCCUCCUGCACUGCUGAAUAAGCUCAGGGGUAUCGAGCUGUGCCUCUGGGCAAUCGGCGGUCUGCUGUCCAAGUUUAAUAAUGACAAGAAACUCGCCUACGCUGCCAAUGUCGAGUCUCCCUGCGCGGCCGCCACCGCCUUUAUCCAGCAUCUCUCCAGAGACUCGCCCUCGGGCAAGAUUCGCUUCGUCUUUUGCAGCGGCAAGUAUACCGAGACGGACCCGGACAAGUCGCUCUGGUUCCUGAGCGACUCGCGCCGGUGGAAGGGCGAGACGGAGACCUUUCUGCAGAAGCUGGCCAGGGAGGACCGCGGCAAGUUUGACGCGUUUGCGGUCCGUCCGGGCUUGAUAAUCCCCAGUGACCCGCCGCUAUCGAUCCGCCUUACGGCGGUCGUCUCGCCGGGCAUCACGGCGCAGCGUGUGGGCGAGGUCAUGGUCAAGGUUGGCCUAGAUGGAUGGAAAGAAACGGUGCUCGAGCAAGAUGAUAUGCUAGCCCUCCGUUAG